GGCAUGGACAUACUGCAGGCCUGCUUUCCAUAGGAGGCCCAUUUCUUUUUUUGGUGUGCAAGAUUGAGCUGAAUCUCAAAGGUUUACCUCACGUGACCAUACACCUCCCUCUACGCAUGGCUGCGGGGCCAAGGCUUCCGACGCAUGCGCAGUCGCUAACAUCCGGGAACUCGGACAAGGAUGAACGCCAAUUUCCAAGAUGGCGGCGGAGGGAGGAGGGAAGGAGAUGAACGAAAUUAAAACUCAAUUCACCACCCGAGAAGGUGUCUACAAGCUCCUCACUCACUCAGAGUACAGCCGGCCCAACAGGGUGCCUUUCAACUCGCAGGGAUCCAACCCCGUCAAGGUCUCCUUCGUUAACGUGAACGACCAGUCCGGGAACGGGGACCGGAUCUGUUUCAAUGUGGGCCGGGAGCUCUACUUCUACAUCUACAAAGGCGUGAGAAAGGCUGCUGAUCUUAGUAAGCCCAUAGACAAGAGGAUAUACAAAGGAACGCAGCCCACAUGUCAUGACUUCAACCCGAUCACAGCCACAGCAGAGAGCGUCUCCCUGCUGGUGGGCUUCUCGGCGGGCCAGGUGCAGCUCAUCGACCCAAUAAAGAAGGAGACGAGCAAACUCUUCAAUGAAGAGAGACUAAUAGACAAGUCACGAGUAACGUGCGUACGAUGGGUUCCUGGUUCGGAGAGCUUGUUUCUGGUGGCUCACUCCAGCGGCAGCAUGUAUUUGUACAACGUGGAAAACACCUGCGGCACCACGGCACCUCACUACCAGCUCCUCAAGCAGGGUGAGAACUAUGCCGUGCACACCUGCAAGAGCAAGUCGGCUCGCAACCCGCUGCUGCGCUGGACAGUCGGCGAAGGGGCGCUCAACGAGUUCGCCUUCUCCCCGGACGGCAAGUUCCUGGCCUGCGCGAGCCAGGACGGCUUCCUGCGGGUGUUCGGCUUCGACGCCGCGGAGCUCCACGGGACGAUGAAGAGCUACUUCGGCGGCCUGCUGUGCGUGUGCUGGAGCCCCGACGGACGGUACAUUGUGGCGGGAGGGGAGGACGACCUGGUGACGGUGUGGUCGUUUUCGGACUGCAGGGUGAUCGCACGGGGCCACGGACACAAGUCGUGGGUGAGCGUGGUGGCGUUCGACCACUGCACCACCAGCGUGGAGGACGGACCCCCUGCCGAGUUCAGCGGCAGCGACGAGGAGUUCCACGAGCAGAUUCACUUCGGCGUGGGCCGAGACAGAGCCAACAGCGCUCACUCUCGGCUCUCUAAGAGGAACUCUACGGACAGCAGGCCUGUUAGUGUGACCUACAGAUUCGGCUCAGUGGGACAGGACACCCAGCUGUGUCUGUGGGACCUGACGGAGGACAUUCUUUUCCCUCACCUCCCGUUGUCCCGCACUAGGACUCAUACUAAUGUUAUGAGUGCUACAAGCCCUCCAGCCACUGGACAAAAUACUACUACUGCUACUACAACUACAACUACUACUACGACUACUACUGCUACUGCUACUGCUACUGUAUCGGCCACUAAUCCCAGUGGCACCAACGGUAAAGACAAUACGAGCAAUAGCAGCACCAGUGGCAACCCGGCGAACUCCCUCCCCAGCACCCUGCCUCGGUCCAACAGCUUGCCACACUCCUCCAACCCAAGGGGCAGCACCCCCAACAGUCACACAGGCAACAGCAGCAGCAGCACCACCACCACCACCACCCCCCGACCACGACCACCAACCACCACCACCACAACGACCAAGGGCAACAGCAUCAUCGACAGCGCGUUCAUCGCCACGGGCGUCAGCAAGUUCGCGACGCUGUCGUUGCACGACUCGCGCAAGGAGCGCCACGAGAAGGACCACAAGCGGAACCACAGCAUGGGCCACAUCAGCAGCAAGAGCAGCGACAAGCUCAACCAGCUCAGCUCGACGCGGACGGCGAAAGCGGAGGCGGCCAAGACUCUGGGCACCCUGCUGUGCCCGCGCAUGGAGGACGUGCCGCUGCUCGAGCCGCUGGUGUGCAAGAAGAUCGCUCACGAGAGACUCACUGUGUUAAUCUUCCUUGAGGACUGUCUGGUAACAGCCUGUCAGGAGGGUUUCGUUUGCACAUGGGCUAGGCCCGGGAAAGUGGGUUUGCUAUCAUCUCAAAACAACCCAGCCAACUCCCCCAGUGGAACAGUAGUAUAGCCCCAGUGCUGGCGCUGCUAAUGACAGCUCCAUGCAACAGAGACGGGGGGGAUGACCAAGACCACGGUCCUGCAGCGCUUCUUCACAUACUGUCACACACACACACACACACACCACAUGACCUCCUGUGUCACCUUCAUUCUCAUCACUACAACCAUCCAGAGGCUCUGUUUGUGUUACUUGCUCACAGCUUAGAUAACCGGUGUUGGCCGAGCCACGGUUGGAAGCUCGACGCCCUAUUGUCUGGGCGGGGGGGGAGAAAAAAGGGUGCUAUAGGAAGUUGGAUGGCAAGCUUUAAAAAUCGUCCAGGAGGUUUGUGGGAGGGAUUUGAUGGCUCGUUGUACCAUCGAUGGUCAUAUCAAGUCAUGUCUAGUCUGAAAAUAACAAACUAGUACCCGAUCCUUUGUGCCUGUAGAUCUUUUAAGACUAGACAUGCUGUAAGCAUUGUGGUGAUGCCUCAACCUAACCUUUUUCUGUGGGUUUAAUUUGGACAUUCUUUCCUUUUUUAUUUUGUUUCUUCAAAUGUUUUCACAAAAGGAAAAUUAGAUGAGGGAUCGUUUUGGAGCAGCAGCCACAUCUCUUUCAUUUUUGUUCCCUCUUCCUGGUCGAUCUCUUGUGCACCCCCAGCUCCCGACGCCUGUUCAAGAGAAACUGGAGCGUUUUUACUUCCUUUACAAAUGUUUUUAAUCAGCGGUAUCACACUUUAAAGUGUAUUUGCACAGAUUUUUUUUUUUUCUUUCAUUCUUGUUGCUUUUGUUUGUUUGUUUUUUUUUCCCCCCAUUUUGAAUUCAUGACCCGAAUAUUUCGAAGACCGCUUUGGAAGCACUUGGGGAGGGAAACGGCGUCUUAUUGCCCUCUGUCUCAACGCUGGAUGCUGCAAUCAUAGUUUUUUAUAUGGAGAAAAAAAUAAAUUGUUUGCACUUAAUAGUUUGUUAGAGGAGAAUGGCUUUACUUUUUUUUGGGAGUGUGUAAGGACUCCUUGAAAAGGUUGAAAUAUAAAUAGAAUUUAAAAAGAAACCUUUGUAUCUAUUGAACAUUUAUUUUAAUAUUGUUUCAGAUUAAAUGGGCUCUGUAUUAUAUGUAAAUAUUGUACUUCAAUGAUUUAUGGGUGAAAUGAUCAUUAUUACAUUAGUUCAAAGAAUCCUUAUUUCAGAAAAAUAGUGAUAUUUCUAAUACAGAAGAUCUAUACCUAAUAUUAAAAAAAAGAAAAAAAAAAUGAAUCUUGAAUAUGCAGGUGAAAAAAAAAUGUUUCUUUUCUGUUGUACAUAAAGAGAAUUCAGGUGUAUUUUUAUUAAUGAAACGUUUGGUAUAGGAGACAUCUAUGGAAAAAACCAAUUCCUCUUUAUCUAACAGGUAGUGCUGAACGCUAGCUAGCCUGUCGCUGCAGAUUCCUUUUACCACGUAGGCAGGAAGGCGCAGAUGCAGCGGUCUAAUUCAGCCAUCACUCCGAGCUCAGGUAAACCACAGGAAGAAUAACGCUGGCAUAGUAACCCCCCUCCCCCUCCCUCUACCCCCCACUAGUCCCAUCCAUCAACAUGUUGUGUGAUUUCACUUUUAACUAACAAAAUAAGACUGACAACCCAUGUUUUCUGCAGACGGUGCAGAAGUCUUUGAGUUUGUGUGAGUAAAUAAUUACUGAACCGAUGCUGAACAAACGUUUGACACUGUGUUGAAUACCAACUGACUGACUUAAGCGUCGGCCACGCGAUGGUGUUAGUGCUUGAGGUGUUUUUAUUUUUUUUUUUUUUUGUUUUGUUUUUGUUUUUUUCAAGCACCCACAUAGCAAGACUGAGGAUAUUGACAGUGGGAGCCUUUUUUCCUCCAUGUGACGCCUAUUAAAAAAACAAAAAACAGCU